CUAAACUAUAAGGGCUGACAGGGUCUAUCUCUUCUUCAAUGGACAGAGAAUUUAUCUGAGUAAUAAUUUAUAAAGUUGAAUUCUCAAAUCAAGUUGAAGUCAAUCAUUCUCUGCAGGCAAGUUUCAAAACUAAGGGCUCUAAAGAUUGACACUUCGAGGAAAGGACUAAAACCUAAAUUCAAAAUGUUGUGGAUUUUGAGGCCUUUUACAGCACUGCUCUUUCUCACCUAUUCACAAGGGGGAGAUGAUGAUGAUAUUCGAGCUGGCUGUAGCACAGCAGUUAAUGACCUGGUCUACAUCUUUGAUGGCUCCUGGAGCGUUGGAGAUGACUUCGAAACUGCCAAGCGCUGGUUGGUCAAUGUCACAAGUGGCUUCGACGUGAGUCCACACUACUCACAGGUGGGUGUAGUACAGUACAGUGACACCCCGAGAUUGGAGAUACCGCUUGGAGUUCACAAGACCACUCCUGAUCUUAUUAAAGCCAUCCAGAACAUCAGCUACUUAGGUGGAAACACGCAGACAGGCCGUGCCAUCAAGUUUGCCGUGGACCACGUCUUUGCAUCCUCACAGCGGAGUGGCGUGAAGAAUCGCAUUGCUGUGGUCGUGACUGAUGGAAAGUCACAGGAUAACGUUACUGCCUCCAGCAUGGAGGCGAGGGAGCAAGGGAUCAAACUUUUUGCGGUGGGUGUGGGAACGGAGAUCGUCAAGUCAGAGCUUGUGACCAUUGCCAACAAGCCUACAGAUGAGUACUUGCUUUAUGCGGAGGGCUACGCCAACAUUGACCGCAUUCAUGACGCCAUGAAGCAAAAGCUGUGCGAGGAAUCUGUAUGUCCCACACGUAUUCCUGUGGCUUCCCGUGAUGUAAAAGGCUUUGAGCUGAUGUUGGGAAUGAAGAUCCACGAGAAGGCUAAGAAGAUACAGGGCUCAUUAGUGUCUGAGACAGCCUAUCUGCUAGACGAAGACAUCGAUGUUACCGAAAACACAAGGGAAAUCUUUCCAGAAGGUCUUCCACCAUCCUAUGUGUUUGUGGCAACUGUGAGGUUGAGAGGACCCUCAAACACAGAAAAGUUUGAUGUGUGGAGGGUGGUGUCUAAAGAUGAACAGGUUCAAGCUGCUGUCACACUAAAUGGAAAUGACAAAUCUGUCAGCUUCACAACCACCAACACGCUUAAUGGCCAACAGAUCAUUACUUUUGAUAGAGGCAUUGAGAAACUUUUUGAUGAAAGCUGGCACCAGUUGAAGGUUCUGGUUAGACCCCAAAAUGUCACCUUUUUCCUGGAUGACCAGCAGAUUGAGGGCAAAGCUCUGGAAACUGUUGUGCCCAUCUACAUCAAUGGAAAGACUCGGAUUUCCAAACACUUUGCGUCUAAUGCUACACUUUCUAUAGAAAUCCAGAAACUGAGACUUUAUUGUGAUCCACAGCAAAGUGAGAGAGAGACAGCAUGUGAGAUCUACUCUGUGGAUGAUGAAAAGUGCCCUUCGAAUUGUAAGAUCCCCCAAAAACCUGACUGCAUUCACGGGCAAACAGGACCACCUGGUCCAGCCGGACCUCCAGGACAAAUGGGUCCCUAUGGUGAGAAGGGAGAGGAAGGGUAUCCGGGUCAAGAUGGUAAGACUGGACUCCACGGGAAAAUAGGAAAGCCUGGAGAGCAGGGCAAACUUGGACAGAAGGGUGACAAAGGUCUACCAGGGCUACUGGGUGAACGCGGACUGAAAGGUUUGAGAGGUGAAUGUGGAAGACAAGGGUUGCCAGGGAAACAUGGCAUGCCAGGACCUAUGGGAGAGGACGGGAAGAAAGGUGAACAAGGAUCUCCCGGAGAGCUUGGUCCAAUGGGGGAAUCUGGAAUCCCUGGCAGUGAAGGAUCACCUGGCUUCAUGGGACCAAAGGGAGAAAAAGGAUAUGUUGGAUUGCCAGGUACAGAUGGACCACAAGGAGUGCCAGGUAUCCAUGGGCUUCCUGGUGAGGUGGGGCCAAGCGGACCACAGGGGCUAAGAGGACCUUUCGGCGUAAAAGGUUUACCUGGACCAAAAGGAUCUUCAGGCACGCUGGGACCCGUAGGGCCCCGUGGUGUUGUUGGACGUGUCGGCCCCAAGGGUUGUGCAGGUGAUAAAGGAGGUAUGGGUAUUCCUGGUGCUUCAGGUCAAAAGGGUGACCAGGGUGAAUUAGGGUUUCCAGGACUUCAAGGUCCUGUGGGCCUUUCUGGAAUUAAAGGACACAAGGGAUGGAGAGGGGUAGCUGGUUGCAAAGGCAUUCAGGGUCAGAAAGGCAACAGUGGGUUACCUGCAGCACCUGGUCCUUCAGGCAACGUUGGACCCGGAGGUAGCAAAGGAGAGAAAGGUAUUCCAGGUGACGGUGGAGAAGCAGGUACAGACGGACAGAAGGGGGACAUGGGGCGCACUGGCGCAACUGGCCCGUGUGGGAAUCGGGGUCAUGAUGGAUCAAAGGGGCAACCUGGCACUAUAGGCAAUAAAGGAGAACCUGGUAAACCGCCAUCCGAUGAGCGUUUGAUUAAACUCUGUGAGGACGUUUUGAGAAAUCAGCUGCUCGAGCUACUGCCGAAAAUGGUGCCACAGUUUUGUAUCGCUCCUUCUGAAAUUGUUAAAGGACCCCCGGGACAGCCUGGUGCUCCAGGGCCUAAAGGUUCCUGUGGGCCUCCCGGUCAUUCCGGCAGACCUGGCUCUCAGGGCUACCCAGGACCCUCGGGUAUCCAAGGGCCCCUAGGACUCAAAGGAGACACAGGUCUGCCUGGAUUUAAGGGCAGUAAAGGUGAUGGCAGGCUAGGACACCCAGGACCUCCAGGAGACACAGGGAUCCAGGGUCCUCGCGGUGGUGAUGGCAUUGGUAUUCCAGGUUCUACAGGACCACCGGGUCAAUCCGGAAAUCUAGGUCUUCCAGGGAAGCAAGGUUCUCCUGGGUCACCUGGUGUGUGCGACACGUCCAUCUGUCCAUAAGCCUACAACCUACAGUAAAGGGCCUGAUUUCUAACACACACUCAGGAAACACAUGGGCUCAGCUUGCAGGUCACCAGAAGCGUCACAGUAAAUCCACAGGAAUUGAUUGACGUGCCUCUGGACUUUUUUCUGCGCACUGACAUGAUGCAGUAUUAUAUCAGCAGUCUUCAGAUACAAUUAUAGACAUUAUAUUAACAUUUUAAGAAGAGAAACUUUUAAUAGAGUUUGCGUUAAGAACAUAUGUUUAGAAUAGAUGUAAAAUAUGUCUGGUAUUGUAAUAUGUGAAUGGAUGGUAAUAUGCCAUAAAUGUGUCAGGAACAUGCAUAUGUAUUGUAUGACAUAUUAAUAACAAAUAAUUGCAUAAUUGAUUAUCAGAGACAGCGCAAAUUAAUCAUAGCUUAAUGUUGAAACCUUUAAUUGUAUUACUUUUGCAGUUCCUUGUGUGCAAUAACAAAAAUGUACCAAACCUUUACAUUUGCUAAAAAAAUAGGUAUUUUGGCAGUAAUUGAAGUAACAAGUUUUAUUUAUUACUUCAAUGACAGGCAUUAAAAAUAGCAUGGGCUCUAGAAAUCUAGACAUUUCCAUUUGUUUGCAGGAAGUCCUUGUGAUUUUUUCUGGAAAGAUUUAGACUGAAUAACUAAGUCUCAACAACAAUCAUAGUUGCUUAUUGAACUGAAUAAUUACAGUGUUGGUUAGAUCCAGAACAACAAUUGAAGAGCCGCUAAACACCACCUACGUCAAACAUGGGAUAAUAAUAUAAAUGCUCACAGUAUGGAUUUUACGUUUAUCAAAUACCUUCGCUUCAAAUCCUUAAGCCUUUCCCCGCAGCCAACGGGAAAAAAAACCUUUUCGUCCUAUCAACGUUUUUUCUUUGAUUAUAAACUCUUAAAUAUGGAUUUUUUUUUUUUUUAAAUAAAAAUGUUUUAGCAAAAAGCUAAAAUAAUUACAUUUUUGUGAAGAAAUUUUGUUAGAGAUCAGAUUCAGAACGAUUAUCAAAACAUACACAGAGUUUAAAAUGAGUAAAUAACAUUUUGGCUUCAGUUUUUUCAUAAAUUGGAUUAUCGCAGUAUUGCAGAUAACAUAGAAAUUGAUCAGACUCACGUUUUUUUUUUAUGCAAAUGUUUUCUCUUAAUUGACAAGAUAACUCGAGUCGUCAAUGGUGGGGAACGAGUUAAGGCAUAAAGUUAAGGCAUCGACUUAUUCCUGUAUAAAACAUGAACAAAUACAUACAGUGAACUAGAGUUAUGAGAACAGGUAAACAACACACAAGAUUAUUAACUAAGUUUUAUAAAAUAAAACAGAUUGUACGUGUGGUCUGUAAAUACUGGUAACCUUCAAGAAAAAUACAGUCUGAAAAUCCUAAACCUAACAGCUUUGUAAAUUGACUGAAUUGUAAUGUUGAAACGUUGGAUAUUUUUUCAAAGAACCAAUAAAUUAAGUUACGUUUAAAUGUUCUUGACGUGAUGAUUGAAGUAAAAUGUACUUGUACUUGUUACAUAUGUUGCAAUCACUAAACACUCUGUUGAACUAAAUACAAUGAAAUUCUUACUCUGUGAAACCUCUACCAACCUAAAUGUCAAAAAAUAAGCACACAAACCACAGGUACAAAUUACUAAAUUACAAAAAUAGUGGAUGUGGAAGUUUGAUAUCUAAGUGUGAAAGUGUGAAGAUGUGUAAGUGUAAAGUAUGUACAGUGUAAUGCAUUGUAUAAAUUUAAAUAUGUUUAAACAUGUAUAAAUAAGUAGCAUAUGAUUUUUGGACCAGUUAUUGCAUCUGGAUUUACCUUUUCAUAUUCUGAACAUUUACAAUCCAUUCACAUAAUUUCAAAAAAAGAAAGCCAUUAUUUUUACAUAUCUCUCUGCCUGAUAUUGGAACUGAACUCUCUAGAUGCAUUUACAUUUUACCUGCUUUUCAUGCUAAGUAUAUUCUCACGGUCUCAGAGUCCAUUGUUGUGAUGCAAAUACUACUAAUCAAGCAGAAAAACAUUAAACCACUGUUGUAAGGGCAGACACACUCGGAUGAUUCUGUUUAAGCCACAUACAUCUUUCAUAAUCCAAAUAUAAUAUUUGAUAUUUAGCAUAGCAAGUAUAUUAAUGCAAAUAAAUUAAUGAUUAUGUAAGUUACAUGAGAUACGUAACAUCUCCAACAAAUGCUGAAAAAUACACAAAUAACUAUAAAAUACAAUACAAUAAAAGUCACAGCACAUUACCUAUGUCAAGUCUUAAGUUUAGUACUUGAAAAGGUGCACUAAUGCCCCCUGUUGGUAUAAAUUAGAGGUACAACAAAGUGCCUUUAACCAAUGGUAAAGUUUUU